AUUAUAAGAAAAAAACUGUUGGUGUAUGCUCCUCGUAAUAUUAUCUUAUCUACAAGAAGCUUACAUGCUACUAAAAUACAAAAAAUAAAAAAGUGUUGUAGUAAUUUUGCCAAGAAAUCAAAAUGGAGAUAUCGCUGCAGAAGCAGAUUUUCAAUAACGGAGAUAAGCUCUUCAAAUCUCAACAAAACCGACGGGUUUGGAUAAAACAAUUCCAAGUAACAGAUUCUCUUCUCGAAAACUCAGCAAAUCUGUUUCUUAAUCCUAUAAGUUAUCCAAUGUUGUCCAGUAUCACUACAAGAAUGAGCAAAAACCAUACAAGAGUUUGUGCAAUAAGGAGAAGAAGAGUGCAUUCGAACUCAGAUACAUAUGUACUAUUAGAAGCAGGACAAGAUGAACAGUUUGUGUCGGAAGACGAGCUCAAGGCUAAGCUCAAAGGCUGGCUCGAGAACUGGCCCGCAGAGUCUUUGCCACCAGACCUGGCUAGGUUUGAUGACCUCGAUGAAGCUGUUGAUUUCUUGGUUAAAGCUGUAUGUGAACUUGAGAUUUAUGGAGAAGUAGGUUCUGUUCAAUGGUAUCAAGUCCGUCUUGAGUAAUUGAAUUAGAUAAAGUAAUGUGUUUUUCUUGUGUUAUGAGCACAUGGUUUUACGUUAGUAAUUUGUUUCGUUCUUUAAUACGUAAUUGCCAUUUGCCAACUAUGGUUGUUUAUAUUCCCAUUCUUUUUUCCAAAAGUGAUUGCCAACAAAACAUAAAAUGGAAGAUUAUUAUAUGAAUGGUUAUAUUAUUUUUUCCU